UUAUUGUUAAUUUGUUUAGGAAUUCCAGGAUAGAGUAAGCGAGACAGUAAUGUUAGGAACAAAUAUUACUAGUACUGUGGCAAGGAUGGCAGUUCCACUAGUUCAGGGAGCAAUUAGAUAGGCUCCACGUCUAGUAUCGAUGGGUCAACAGUCUGUGAACGGCGUUGUAGAAAAUGAGAGGCUCCAGGAGCAGCUUAGAAAUGUUGGGGAAGUCGCAAGUCAAGCUGUUGGCCAGGUUCCAAUGCUGGUUGAGAGUGGAGGCAGCCUGGUUCACAGUUUAAUCAGAGCAACAAACGAUACUGCCCCACUCGUUAUAAAUGGUUUAAGAGAGGCUGCUGACCAAGCCCCUCUUCUUGCUUCCUUUGCCCGAGCCUAUGCUGAAGUAAAUGCUAAACAAACUGUCAAGAUUGCAGAGAGGUUUAAUUCCAGUUUACAGUGCCAAUUAAAUUGCGGAAACUUAACCAGUGAUGCCAAGGCAGAGUGUGAAAGGAAACAUUGUACAACAACAACAGAAACAACAAUCUCAACAAAAACAACAAGAACAAGAACAACAACAAAAUCAACAUCCUCAGUUUAAA